AUGAAACUUGCCUGGUCUAGAUUGAUCAGCUUUGUCGCAGUUGAUGGUCGCGUCCUUUGUGGAGAACCCAUCCUUCCGAGCCCUGACUUCGACCUUGGCAAAACGACUGAAAAAACGAAAUUGAAAGCCAAGAUCAUCGUUGGUAAUGACAUUUCCGAUGAUACUGGAGCGACCAAAGUCUCUGAUGAGAUUGUCACUGUCAAGAAACUCCUCGGCCCACUUACCGCCGCGGACGUGGACAUUUUGCGAUGUGUGGGCUUGAAUUACGGCACGCACACUGGUCGAGUGCCACCACCAUUUCCAUUCAUCUUUUUCAAGCCUACUACAUGCAUCCACGACCAUAACCGCGCAGUGGAAAUACCCAAGAUUGCUCAGGAUGAUCAGGCUGACUACGAAGGGGGACUUGUGCUCGUCAUUGGCAAGGACGCGAAGAACGUACCCCUCGAAGAAGCGGGAAGAUAUCUGGCGGUGUACCUCAGUGGGGAUUUCUCGAAAGGCUUCGACACAUUUGCGCCAAUUGGUCCUGUUCUUGUUGCUUCUGACCUGGUCCAGAAUCCGGCAGACUUGCUUCUCAGAACGAUAGUCGAUGGGGAAACCAGACAAGAAAAGCAUGUGAGCGACCUUUUGUUCGAUUGUGCUUACCUUGUAUCGUAUUUGUCUCAGGGCACAACGCUUCGCAAGGGAUCAGUGAUCAUGACUGGAACACCAGGUGGUGUUGGGGCGGGUCUAAAUCCGCUAAGAUACCUUGUGCCUGGGACGGUGAUGGAAGUCCAAAUAGACAGGAUUAGAAAUCUCUGGAACGGUGUAUAUUUUUUGUAA